UUCGCGUUGCAACGCCACCAUCUUGGCUCCAGACUACCUUGUAUUUUUUUGGCGUCGUCUUCGUCCAGCGAGCGUGUUCAUUGAGAAAUAAAGGCGGAUUAUAGCCAACCAGGAGAAGAUCAAGGCCCCAUUAGCGACAAUGAGAGACUCGGCGGCACAAGCGAGUCCGGCGGCGGCGCCAGCGGCCACGCAGAAGUGGAUAGUUUGCCGGGUUUGCCUGCAGCAGCCCAAGGAGCCCAUGGCGAGCAUUUUCAACGAUGAUUCCGAGAAGGAUCUGACCAACAUGAUCCGCGAGUGCGGCGGAGUGCCCAUCAAGCAAUUCGAUCAUUAUCCGGACAAGAUAUGCGAAAAAUGCUUCAGGGUGCUCAAGAUGGCAUUCAAGUUCCGGGAGACCUGCCAGCGUUCCUACGGCCACCUGCGGCAGUUCGUGGGCCCCGUGGAGGUGGAGCAGCGAACGCCGGAGAAGAAGCUCCCAGAGCCAGCCACCAAACAGGAGCAGGAUGCCGAGGAGGAGGAGCCGGAGCAGCAGCCGGAACACGAGGAGGACGAGGCGGAGGAGGAGGAGGAGGAGGACCUGGACGAGAGCCAGUAUGCCGAGAACGAGGCGGAGGCCGAGGAGUCCACUCCCGGCGUCUUCCACGACGAACUGGAGGAGGGCAUUAUUGUGGAACUGGAAAAGGAUCGCAUUGUGCACGUGAAGAGCGAGCAGGUGGAGGAGGACGGCAUCAUCGAGGAGGUGUACGACGUGUACGAGACCUACGAGGGCGACAUUCUCGCCGAGCAGGGCGCCUACGAUCAGGAAAUGGCCGAUCAAUCGCUCUCCGAACUCUCAGCGGACAUCGAAUACUUGGAGCAGGUCGAUCAGGAUCAAUUGACCGAAAGUGCGCACGAGGACGAGGGUGACGGGGAUAUGAACUCCACCGAGGAGGAGUUCCUGCCCACCAAAAGUGUUCGAGCGUCGAUCAAUGCCCGAGGGGCCACCAAACGGAGAGCGAAUCCACGCAGAUCGGCUGCAUCCACGACAUCGGUGGCCGCCGCUUCGGGAACCUCCAAGACAACAGCGGCCCGCGGAAAUCCCCUAAAAGUCCGGCGGGGCAACAGUGAGGCGGCAAAUGCGGCCGCCACCAAAAUCGUCAUCAACUCCGAGGAGGGCAUCUCCAUUGGCGAGGUGCUGGCGCGGAAGCAUGCCGGCAUUAAAACCAAGGGCGGCCACAAAAUCCUCGUCGGCGACAAGAAGGAGUUCAAGUACAUCUGCGACGUCUGCGGCAACAUGUAUCCCUCCCAGAGUCGCCUCACCGAGCACAUCAAGGUCCACUCCGGCGUGAAGCCGCACGAGUGCGAGAUCUGUGGGCACUGCUUUGCCCAGGCGCAGCAAUUGGCGCGUCACAUGAACACCCACACGGGAAAUCGGCCGUACAAAUGCAGCUACUGCCCGGCAGCCUUUGCGGAUCUCUCCACUCGAAACAAGCACCACAGGAUCCACACCAACGAGCGUCCCUACGAGUGCGAUGUUUGCCACAAAACAUUCACGUACACCAACACCUUGAAGUUCCACAAGAUGAUUCAUACGGGCGAGAAGCCGCAUGUUUGCGAAAUUUGCGGCAAAGGCUUCCCGCAGGCGUACAAGCUGCGCAACCACCGGAUCAUCCACGAGCGGCGCGGCCAGUCCACACGGGAAUCCGUCGGCGGUCUGCUGCCCUACGACACGGCCAACAUUGUGGGCCUGGAGAUGUAAAUUUCAAGCGAGGAUUACUCCUCCUCGUCGUCCCCAAAGCGACACUUUAAACAUUAAAACAGACACACGCGUGUAAUUACACAUCUAAGUAUAUUGAUGAACUUUAAGCCUAGCCUAAUUAUGCGGAAAUAAAUUAAGUAUAGCUGCGCA